UCUCUCUCUCUCUCUCUCUCUCUCUCUCUCCUUCCUUGACCGGUUGUUAUCCAACCUCAUAUGGAGACCCCACUCUGAUCCUUUGAGUGGGAAACAUGAGCUGAAGCAGCCUCACUUUUUGAGAUGAAAAUGGUUAAACCUACAUACUAGUAUCAUCUUCCCUCUCCCUCUCUCUCUCUCUCUCUCUCUCUCUCUCUACUCUCUUCCCCCCUUUUCUCCCCUCCUUGAAAACCCUAAUCCAACCCAUAUAAUCCCAAAACACAGUCCUCCAUCACUGCCAAACACACAUCUCUCUCUCUCUCUCUCUCUCUUCUGCAACUUCAAUUUACACCGUCCGUGGGCCGCUUGUUCUCUUCUUUACGCCACACCCUUUUCCCCCCAACUUCAAAGGUAAAAAAAAGCAUUCGAAGGCAUCUGUUUUUCUUUUGCAGAUCACACAGUAUUAAAGGCAAAGGUACUUUCUGAAUUCCCCCUUCCAGAAUCUCUCUCUCUCUCUCUCCUUUAAUUCAGUUUGUAACUUGUAAGCAAAAUCCCUCUCCACCUCCCCAAAUCUCUCUCUCUCUCUCUCUCUCUCUCUCUCUCUCUCUCUCGCCAUUACUUUAUUCUCUCUCUAGAACAUGGAUUCCGGAAACAGUGGGAGCAUCCAGUCAUCCAGCGGCGGUGACGAGGAGUACGACUCGUCACGCGCCGACUCGCUUUCGGCUUUCGCUCACCUCUCCAACCCUCCACCACCAUCACAACCGCACCACCACCACCACAACAACUCAAACCUCUUCGACCCGCUCCCGAACUUCUUCGACCCGAACCCACUGCCUAAUUUCGACCCGAUAUGGUCCAAGUCCCCAAUAAACUGCACCUACAAUUCCCUCCCCCUCCCCACCUCCUCCGGUGCCGCCCUCUUCACUUCCUCCUCCUCAUCCCCUACGGUUCCCUUCGACCCCCCGAAAACCGACCCGGUCCAACCCCACCUCGCACGGAACCCCAAAAAACGGUCCAGAGCCUCUCGGCGUGCUCCCACAACGGUCCUAACAACCGACACCACUAACUUCCGAGCCAUGGUUCAGGAGUUCACCGGCAUCCCGGCCCCACCUUUCCCAUCAUCUUCCUCGCCGUUCGUUAGAAACAGACUCGAUCUCUUCGGUGCACCUUCCUCCACCAGAUCCUACCCAUUGUCCGACGCCUUGCAACCGCCGCCUUAUCUCCUCCGGCCUUUCGCCCAGAAAUUCCAACCCCCGCCGCCGCCGUCGUUCCUCAGCCCUAACAGCAACGACGUCGUUUCCGGCAAUUCAACCGGUUCCAAUUCGAAUUCUGUUAAUUACCAAAUGCAAAACCAAAUCCUGACGUUCCAGUCCCUGCUGCAAUCCCCAAUGGCGAAUCCGUCCGUCCUCCGAUCGAGCGGUCAGGAUUUGCUGGAGAUUCCGUCGGGGAACAGCGAUGAUGUCAAUCCGACAGUGUGGGGCGCUGGAGUGGGGUUGAACGGCGGAGAUCAGAGUCAUCAUUUGAGGACAGUCAAUGGGAGCUACGUUGACUAUUCGCAGAGUGGUGGUGGUGGUGGGAAGGGAAAUUACGAAAAGGGGUCUGAGAAUGUUGGUGCGGGUAGAGGUGGAGGUAUGGUCGAAUCGUGGAUAUGUUCUUCUGAUCAUUAGUACUAAAAGAAAGAAAAACCCUCAUUGUGGUUGCAUUAAGAGUUUAAUUACUUGAAGAGGUUAAUUAAUUGGUGUAUUUUCUUCGUCGUUUUAAUUAACCAUAUGUGUCUUUUACCCUUGUCUAAAUUAAUCAUGGAGUAUGUGUAAAUAUCUAGUUUUCUUAGUGUCUUUUUCUUAAUGAAAGCUAUGGGAAAAAUUCAUAAUCUUAA